AUGGAUACUGAUUUUGACAAUGCCUUUGUUGUGCAUUGCGAUGGAGACAGACAGAUGCGAUUUGUGAAUCGUAAGGGUGUAUAUGUGUUUGAGCAACUUGGAGCGGAUGUCGAACCAGGUGCCAAAGAGACAAGUGCAAUGUAUUGUCACCAGUUAAGCAACAUAAAUAAACAACCCCAUUUCGAACUUUCUUCAAAACAGAAUGGAUAUGCUGGACUCCGGAUGACUGCGAAGAUGGCAACAGUUCGAAAGAACAAGGAAGGAUUCACUCCAAGACAAGUCAAGGCUGCGAUGGAAGCAAGAAGUGUGAUGCACAUACUCAAUGCUCCAAGCACCAAAAGUCUAAAGUAUGCGACCCGAUCUGGUCUCAUCAAGAACUGUCCUAUCACUGAAGAAGCGAUCAAUCAUGCCGAAGCAAUCUUUGGACCUGACGCAUCUACUUUGAAAGGCACGAUGACUUCUUCAUCCACCAGAGGAAUUCACCUCAAGACUGAACCUGUAUUUGAAGCAUUGGAAAAGAUAUUUCGCCGCUACAACAAGGCAGGCUUUCAAGUCAAGGCGAUCAAGUGUGAUCGGGCAUUCAUUCCUCUCACAGAUGAUAUGCUAGAUGAUAUGGGUGUUACUAUUGACCUGACUGCAGCUGGAGACCACAAGCCUACAGCUGAGCGAAACAAUCGAACGCUGAAAGAGAGAGUCAGAGUAGCUCUUGCACGAUUACCCUACAAAGUGGUACCAAAGGUGAUCACUGAAUGUCUUGGACGUCAAGCCGCCGAGCUAUUGAAUGUCUUUUCCCAGAAAGACAGUAUUUCCUCACAUUUCAGUCCGCAGCAACUCAUUGAUAAUGUCAAUAUCAACUACAAGAGUGACAUGGUUGCUGAGCUUGGACAGGAUGUUCAUGCAAUUGGGAAGGAUUCCAACAAUUUGAUGGAACCGCAAAUUAUUGAAGCAAUCUACAUUGAACCUACGAAGGGACAACGUACUGGGCACCGACGUGUUGAAGCCUGGGCUACUGCUGAAGGUGUUACUUCUGUCAAGUUCUUCGAUAAGAAGAGAGAUUUGGAGACAUUUCAAGAUGGCAAUCAAAUUGCAGGAGUGGAUGACACGGAACAAGGUUACUUAGAAGAGGCCUUUGAUCAGGACUAUGAACCUGAAGAUGAAGAUGAAGGUGAUUUCAAUCUACGUGGACAAUUCGAUGAUAUUGAUGACUCCAAAAGAAAAGAGCUCUUGGCAGAUGCAGACAAUUAUGUCAAUGAUAUGCCAGAACUCACUGUCAGAUUCCAAGGAGAUGAUGACUAUGAAUCAGAUGAUGACAAUUCGGGUGAUGAGGGCAAUGAAGAGGAAGAAGCUAUUGUGGCCGAUUUGGAUCACCAUAUAUUCCACUUGUAUUGGGUCUUUCCCUUUUUGUAUGGAUAUAGAUUGUCCGACAGACUUGCGUCGAAUCCCAACAUCAAGAUCAAGAAUCCAAUCGUGCCUGUCAAAAACUUGUACUUGAAUAGUUUUUACACUCCUGCCAUUGUGACAAUCACCAUCGGCAGCAAUGGGACAUGCUCUCAUUCACUGUUUAUCUUGUUUUGUAUUUUCUUUUGA